CUCCACUCUUCUCCCUCUUUUCGUGUACAUGUGCAUCUCUUCCUUCCUCUUUCGAGAAUCUAUCUUCGGAUCCUUGUUCCUGUCUUUACCGAAUCAAUUAUGAAGCUCUCUACUUUCGCUCUUACGAGCGCCAUAUUCGUCAGCAGAGGAACUGCCCAACUUUCGGGGUCUGUUGGACCUUCAACAACUAGGGAGCACAAGGUCGCUACUAAGGUUUGCAAUGUUCUUGAUUAUGGAGCGAAAGCUUCAAAAACAUCUGAUGUUGGGCCGGCCAUUGCUAGCGCAUGGGCUGCGUGUAAAUCCGGUGGCCAAGGUUAGGAUAUUCUGAGACGAGGAUGAGAACACUCAGUACUGAUUUAUUUUUCAGUCUAUAUUCCAGCGGGUGAUUAUGGGAUGUCUACUUGGGUCACUCUGAAUGGUGGAACUGCUGUUUCCAUCAACUUGGAUGGUAUUAUCUAUCGUACAGGGUGAGUUCGCUCCCCCUCUCUCUCCGGGAUUUCCAUUGACGGAACGCGAUUACAGUACAGCUGGUGGCAACAUGAUAUAUGUCAGACAUACUACGGAUUUAGAACUGUAUAGCAGCAGUUCAAAGGGUGCGGUCCAGGGCUAUGGCUAUACAUUUCACAGUGGUUUGUCUACAUCCAAUCAUUUGUCGUCCAUGUCUAACCUUUCUAUCCAAGCCGGAACUUAUGGGCCACGUAUUCUUCGCCUCGAUGACGUUACGAACUUCUCCGUUCAUGAUCUUGCUUUGGUUGACUGUAUACCUCACUUUUUUCUUUGCCCAAAGCUACCUCUCGCUAAUCUUUCUCAGCUCCCGCUUUUCAUUUCACCAUGGACACUUGCACAAAUGGUGAAGUUUACAACAUGAUGAUCCGCGGAGGCAAUGAAGGAGGUCUCGAUGGAAUAGAUAUCUGGGGAACGAACAUUCAUGUUCAUGAUGUUGAAGUGACAAAUAAAGAUGAGUGUGUUACUGUAAAGGUAAGGAGAUCUAUAUGUUCAAAUACAGCUAUAGCUAAUCCAGUCUUAAUAACAGAGCCCCGCUAAGAAUAUCCUCGUUGAAAACGUAUUUUGCAACUGGAGUGGCGGAUGUGCCAUUGGUUCUCUCGGUACUGAAACCGGUAAGUUCUCUGCGAAUCCUUUUUUCUACGAUCUCUAACGACGUCCUAGAUAUUUCCUACGUCAAAUACAACAACAUCUAUACUCAAAAUGCCAACCAGAUGAUGAUUAUAAAAUCCAACGGCGGAUCUGGCUCAUUCAGUAACUCUGAAUUCUCCAACUUCAUUGGUCACUCCAACGCCUAUACCCUCGAUAUUGACGGAAACUGGGCAAAGUCCAGCGCAGCCGGUUCCGGGGUUCUCUACUCCAACCUGACCUUCUCCUCCUGGAAAGGCACAGCCUCCAAUGGCGUCCAAAGGGCUCCAAUGCAACUCCUCUGUCCCUCCGCCGUACCCUGCCACGAUAUCAAAAUCUCAGAUUUCAACAUCGGAACUGAAACGGGAAAGUCGGUGCUACAAAAAUGCGCAAAUGCUUAUGGAAGUGGAGCAGGGUGUUUGAAUGAUGCCAAGUCUGAUUUCAAUAGUUACAACACAGUAACAAAGACGAUGACGAAUGUCGCCGCUUAUAAGGAAACCAAUAUGCGAGGUGAGCUGACGGAAGGAGUAGGAAUUACUGCUAGUAUUGCUAUUUCUACUGUGCCUAUUACUUUUUUUCCGGAAGCUACUCCUGCUAUUGCUAGGCUUGGAAAAUAGAGAUUCGUUUUCGGGACGGGAUAGGGAUAGGGGAACUUAUUUUCUGUAAAUGAGGAUAAUACUCAUUAUGAAUACACGAUAUAUUCAA